AUGUUCAACGCGCCCUGGAUAUGCGCUCGAUGUUUCGUGCGGUCUGCUGCUAGGAUUGGCUCCAAUCCCCGUCCGUUUCUACAACGGCGCGGCCUAAAAACUGAUUCCGCUGGCAUUUCACAAGCCCUCUUAGCACGCGCUCGUUCUCUAACCAAUGAACAUUCCAAACUCUCCGCUCAUUUGGCCGAGGUUUUCGAUGCGAAACUCGCCAAAAGAGUGGGUGAACUUGCGCCAAUCGCAAGUACCUUAAAAGAGUGGGAACACGCAAAUAGUGUAUGUUUUUCUCCAAUGUAUUUAGGACUGAGCUUUAUUGACAACUUGCAGUCUAUAUCUGAACUUUUGUCCCUGCUUAAUGACCCGGAAACCGAUGCUGAGCUGAGGUCGCUUGCAGUUGAAGAUCUGGAGAGCAGCAAGGUCGCGCUGCCUGCCAUAGCGGAUAAUCUGAAGAAGGCCCUUAUACCUCGCCACCCUUUCGCAGACCUCCCAUGUUUGCUCGAAAUACGCCCCGGCGCAGGUGGUGACGAGGCUGGUCUUUUUGCUUUUGAGGUUUUGAGGAUGUAUAUCGCCUUCUGUUCACGUCGUGGUUUCAGGUAUAGCCUCAUAAAACAGGAUGUUGCAGACGGCCCUGCGCAAGACCGAUUGAGUGAAGCGGUCCUGGAAGUUGACGCGGAUGGGGCCUAUGACAUUCUGAGAACGGAGUCGGGAGUUCAUAGAGUACAGAGGGUUCCCGCCACCGAGGCGAAGGGCCGUACACAUACCAGUGCCGUUAGUGUGAUGAUACUUCCUAGUUUUCCAGACUCCGGGAGCGGCCUGGAUAGUUCACUCAAUUUCGAGGACCCAAACAGCGACUACUAUGUGGAUCCUCAAGAGGUUCGCACAGAGAAGAUGCGAGCCGGUGGCGCAGGCGGUCAGCACGUCAACAAAACCGAGUCAGCUAUUCGGUUAACCCAUAUACCAACGGGUACCGUUGUCUCCAUGCAAGAUUCACGUUCCCAACAUGCCAAUCGAAAGAAGGCUUGGCAGGUUUUACGGGCGAGAAUAGCUGAAGCAAGACGAGAAGCCCGAGAACAGGAAAUGGUUAACCUAAGGAGAGGAGCAAUGGGCGGUGUUGCUCGAAUGGGACGCGGUGACAAGAUCCGGACUUACAAUUACGGUCAGAAUCGCUGCACAGACCAUCGCAGCGGCCUCACCAUACACAACCUGGAUAGUGUUCUUGAUGGUGGCGAGGGCCUAGAAACCGUAAUGGAAAGCGUACGGACAUGGCUCGUCGAGCGCGAAAUAGAGGCCUUGGCUGUUGAAGAAUCAGUCCAAGAUAAAGAAGGACUGCGUGCCCAACCGCGUUAG